CUGUAGGCUGAGAAACAUACUCAAGACAAAGGACACGGGCUUUCUGUAUAUGGAAAGACUUAGGCCACCAUUAAAUAACGUGUUUCUGUUGUUGUCGUUGUUGUUGUCGUUGUUUUUUUAAGAAACCUUGGAUUGCGUGGAGGAUUAGUUUGCGAAACCUUAUUGGGGUUGUUCGAACUCGCUAAUAAACUGCAGUUCAAAUUGACAAGAAACUCAGAGGAAUAAAUGCAGUAAAUUGUAUUUCUCUCAUGCUGCACUGUGUUACGUUUCUCAUAACCAGGAGAGAGUUUCUCCGCAAACAAAACGUGUUUAUUUCUUUGCUUUUUUCUUUUUAUCUAUUUCAGGUAGCAGACCAACAGGCAGCAGUGUUUGGACAGUGUUGUUUUGAUGUCGGGGACGUUAACUGUACCAUGGGCACCGGCUCAUUUAUUGAUAUCAAUACUGGCUCAUAUCCGCAUGCUUCUGUAGCAGGGCUGUAUCCAAUUGUUGGAUGGAAGAUAGGAGGAGAGACUGUCUACCUGGCAGAAGGUAACGCGGCAGGCUGCGGAACAGCUAUGGAAUGGGCGCACAAAAUGGGUUAUUUUGAUGAUGUGUCACAGACAAGCGACAUAGCGUUUUCUGUAGAAAACUCCGACGGGGUUUAUUUUGUUCCUGCUUUCAAUGGAUUACAGGCUCCUAUUAAUGACAACAAAGCUUGUGUUUCGCUGAUGGGCAUAAAAUCCACCACAAACAAGGCCCAUAUCACGAGGGCUAUUCUGGAAUCCAUAGCCUUUAGGUUUACGCAGCUGUAUGAAACCGUGGUAGAAGAAACUCAUAUCCCACUCAUGUCUUCAAUCAAGUAAGUCUUAAAAUGUA